AUGUUCGUUCCGGAGCACAUUACAGCUACCGGAGACGAAAUGCGCGGUCCCACCGGAUCAUCGAGCCGCCGGACGAACCGUCAGUCGCUCGUGGAGCAAAUGGAGGUGCCCGAUCGGAUUACGGUAACCGGCGGGGACACGUACGGCCGAAUCACCGACGAGUACGGUGCGAGCGUGGACAAAAUGCGAACGGAUUACGGUUAUCAGCUCAAUGACGUGCCCGAAGUGCUCACGGUCGCCGAUACACAGUAUCCCGUUGAGGAUGCACGCAGACAGGCGGGAAAAUUCAGUUUUUCCCGAAAACUUGCCGAUUUUUGCAGAUUGACACGGCGCGAACGGACAAUUCGAUGGUCGUGGACGAGGAUCCGUUGCGGGAGCUCAAAAUGCUCCGUCGGCAGAUGGGAACGAUCAGUGCGCGAGUGUUUCAGCUCGAGGAGCACAACGAGCGACGUCGCAACCGCGAAUCCGCCUUCAUUGUGGCCAUUUUGGGCGUCGCCGUCACCGCAUUCUGGUCGCUAUUCAAACGCUAG